GACAUGUCCCUGUGGGGAGCAGUGCUUCUGCACCCCAGCGUGAAGAGGACGCAGGGGUCAGAGGUGGCUGAAGGGAGCACAGAGGAGGGACCUGCCAAGGGCAGUGGGCUGGUAGCCUGGGAGCAGUCAGGAAGGGAGGCCAGCUGGUGACAAGACAGCCCAGAGGCAUCUGGGGUUGGGUGGAGAGCUCAGAAGAUUGCAGCCAUGCCUCACAGCUCCGACAGCAGCGACUCCAGCUUCAGCCGCUCUCCUCCCCCCGGCCACCAGGACUCAUCCGAUGAUGUGAGGAAGGUUCAGAGAAGGGAGAAAAAUCGCAUUGCUGCCCAGAAGAGCCGACAGAGGCAGACACAGAAAGCUGACACCCUGCACUUGGAGAGUGAAGACCUGGAGAAACAGAAUGCGGCUCUGCGCAAGGAGAUCAAGCAGCUCACAGAGGAGAUGAAGUACUUCACGUCGGUGCUCAGCAGCCACGAGCCCCUGUGCUCAGUGAUGGCCACCAGCACCCCCUCGCCCCCCGAGGUGGUAUACAGCACCCACGCCUUCCACCAACCUCACGUCAGCUCCCCGCGCUUCCAGCCCUGAGCUUUUCCAUAGGUGGGGGAGAACAGAGCCGCCCCCUACCCCCGCCCGCCCCUAGCUGCUCCGGCUGCUUGGGAGGGGCACAAAGACUGUGGCCAGACUGCCCUUGUCUCUCAGAGCCCUCUGUCUACCUGGAGAUAUGAAGACAGAGGCCUGGACCAGGAAUGAGCACAGGACGGUAGCAGCUGGAAGUGUGCGAGGCCUCCCAGCGGGGCGGCAGCCCGUCGGAGUGUGCUGGACCCCCACGCUGGUCCGAUGCAGAGCUGUAUCAAGCAGAACGCCCAAGACCGAUGGCACAAAGAGAGAAGGGCAAUGGAGGGUUAUU